UUCUCCAUGGUGCUGAAAGUACACUACUUCAUCCACACGACUGAGGGAGGGAGAGGGGCGAUCAGCCACACCCGCUUCAGCUUAUUGGGCAUCUUUCCGUGGAACGUCACAUGCAAAACAGCCACACGUUUGUGCCGAUGAAUUAUAGAUUAAAGGGAGGCUGAAAAUGCAGAUUCGGUCCAACACACAAACACGGAACUCGAUCGACGCACGGUCCGACUGCGCGCGCCUCAUCCACCGAUGACUGAGGAGAUGCGUCCUGACGAGCCCUGCUGAAGAGCUCCAGCCUUCCCAGCGAUCUCCGUUUGACAGCGUUCACUCACAAACAGCACGGCGAAGACAGAAACCCGCACGAUGCUGGGAUUCUGCAGAGAUGGGACAGCGGUGGCUCUCAUACUGCUCAACGCACUGGUGCUCAUAGCUGCAGCAGACGAGGAGGUCAUCUUUACCGAUCAUUUUCUGGUCCAGUUGCACGAGGGGACGAAUGAAGAUGCUCAUCAACUUGCCCGGGAGCAUGGCUUUGGGAGUGCAAGGAAGCUUCCUUUUGGCGAGGGACUAUUUCAUUUCUACCCAUGGGAAAUCCCUAAAACCAGGAGGAAACGCAGCCUUCAGCAGCACCGGCGCCUGGCGAAGGAUCACCGGGUGAAAAAUGUGUUUCCUCAGGAGGGUUUUGGCCGCCAAAAGAGGGGCUACAGAGAAAUCAGUAACACUGACGUCAAUAUGAGUGACCCGCUUUUCACCAAGCAGUGGUAUCUUAUAAAUACAGGCCAAGCGGAUGGGACCCCAGGGCUGGAUCUUAAUGUGGCAGAAGCCUGGAACAUGGGCUUCACCGGCAAAGGUGUUACCAUCGCCAUCAUGGACGACGGUAUUGAUUACCUACAUCCAGAUCUCGCCUCAAAUUACAAUGCAGAAGCCAGCUUUGACUUCAGUAGCAACGACCCGUACCCGUACCCGCGCUACACGGACGACUGGUUUAACAGUCAUGGCACCAGGUGUGCUGGAGAGGUGUCUGCGGUUUUAAACAACAACAUCUGUGGGGUGGGCGUGGCCUACAACUCCAAGGUAGCAGUCAUGGCACCAGGUGUGCUGGAGAGGUGUCUGCGGUUUCAAACAACAACAUCUGUGGGCGUCUCAUUUGAGAUGUCAAGCGACUCGUCUUGA